AUGUCUGGCUCCAGGGCCCCUGGCAUCACGGCCCCUGCUUUCGGAACGGCUUCCUUCGCCAGCAGCGCGCAGCGGAACCUGCACAACCUGAAGCGCGACCCGCGCAUCUACCUCAUGUGCGACGUGAGCAGCUGCGCCUGGCUGCUGCGGCAGCUGAACCCGCAGCGCACCAUCCUGGUCGUCGACGAGCCCCCGAUGGGCAGCGACCGCUACCCCUCCGUCCCGGAGGAGAACCCGCUCGCCUGUGCGAUGAUACAGACCAUGCUGACGCCGAUGUACAAGACAGUGUGGAUGUCCGCCACGCUCCCCCGCAUCAACGCGCUGCCCACGCUGGUGACCAACUUCCUGGAGCGCUUCGGCCUUCCCCUGGAGUCGAAGGAGCAGCACGUGCGCGAGUGCUUCAGCACGGAGCUCGACCGCGGAGCGCUGAUGUGCGGCCCCAGCGGCAGGGUCGCGUUCCCCCACAGCAAGUGCAAGACGGCCGCGGAGCUCUCGGCCCUGUGCAACCGCCUGCCGACGGACCCCCUGGUGCUCAAGUCCUACACCGAGCGCGCCCUCGCGAGCCUGCUCGAGCGCUGGCGCCUGCUCGACAAGGAGAGCCCGCCCGGCCGAGGCCCUUAA